CGCGCGCGAAGGUCGCGAGACUGGUCGGAGUAGGUUAGAGGAUCAAGCUUGAUUAGCGCUCGACGAAAAAGAUUGCUCCCUUGCAGAUCACACGUUACACAAAUAUCAGCUAUCACGAGACGUGCAAACGAGAAAAAUGGGACGCAAAUUCUUCGUUGGUGGUAAUUGGAAGAUGAACGGCACAAAGAGCGAAAUCAGUGACAUCGUCACGUUCCUGAAAACCGGUCCACUUGAUCCUAAUGUCGAGGUUGUAGUUGGCGUUCCAUCGAUAUAUCUCACGUAUGUCACCUCCAUCGUCCCUAGCAACGUUAACGUCAGUGCACAGAACACGUACAAAGUUGCUAAAGGAGCGUUUACCGGUGAAAUUAGUCCGGCUAUGCUUUUGGACAAUGGUAUUCCCUGGGUAAUCCUUGGCCAUUCCGAGCGUCGAAACAUUUUUGGCGAAACGGACGAGUUAAUUGCGGAAAAAAUUGCACAUGCUUUAGAAGCUGGAUUGAAAGUGAUUGCAUGUAUCGGUGAGAAAUUGGAGGAACGCGAAGCAGGAAAGACCGAAGAAGUAGUUUAUAGGCAAACCAAGGCAAUAGCGGAUAAAAUUAAAUCUUGGGACAACGUGGUUCUGGCUUAUGAACCAGUAUGGGCGAUCGGUACAGGUAAAACCGCAACGCCGCAACAAGCGCAAGAGGUUCAUGAAAAAUUACGAGAGUGGCUGUCCAAGAAUAUCAAACCCGAUGUCGCGCAAACUUUGCGAAUUAUCUACGGUGGUUCCGUAACAGCAGCCAACGCCAAAGACUUGGCAAAGGAAAAAGAUAUCGAUGGAUUUUUAGUUGGCGGCGCAUCAUUGAAGCCAGACUUUGUACAAAUCGUCAAUGCUCGUUGUUGAAUGUGUUGUACCUAAUUGUGUUGAUAAGCCCACAUUAGAUGAAACUUGAUCCUAUAUCCAGAUUACACGCAACAGGUUAACGCGCGGUAUCUGUUUGAGUAUACAUGAGUAGACUGUUCUGAUAAAAUGUAAUGUAACUGCAAAAAGGAGAGUUCUAUAUAUGAGUAUAUUCAUUUAUUAUAUACAUAUCUUCAUGCCAAGUUGUUCACAGUUCUUGCAACGUAGCCAUUAAAGAUUGUUGUACAUGUGAUUCUUAGGUAAUUCCUAGGUGCGAUUUUAUGUAUUUUUGGUGCAGCAAUGGAUGUAUUAUACAAGAUUAAUGGAGCGUUUAGUGCAGCUUUUGUCCUUUGGUCGAAUCAUUAAUAUAUACGAUUAAUGCAAAUUCAAACGAAAAUAUCCAAAAAUAACAAAUAAAUCAUGUAUCAAGAAGAAAAAA